UGACGUUUCCAGUUUAUUUACCUUUGAGCUGUUGCUGCCGUUGCUGCUGUAAAAUUUUUAUAGAAAAUAGUUUCAAGAGUUUAAAAUACCAUUCAAUUUCCACACCAAAGUGUAUCUUUGUGAAACGCACAAAACUAAACGUGCAUAUUUGGCGGGAUGGAGGACUUCUGCCGCAGUUGCUCUCGCACUGGAGAGUUCCAAAGGUUCGAACUCUCGACCAUCUCCCAGAUCAGUAAUGUUCGCAUCGAUGAUAUGCUCGUCGAUUGCACCCAGCAGCAGGUUUCCGUCGGUGAUAGUCUACCGCAGCAGGUAUGUGCAGAAUGUUUCACAGCACUAAACUCCGCGUUUCUGUUUCGCAAAUUGACCCAACACUCGGAGAAUGGGUUUCGUCAGAUAAUCGAUAACGCCAUGAGUGUCCAAAUCCAUCAUCAAUCUCAGGAUCCUGUUGAUGACGACCUUCUACAGAGCGAUACCGUACCCGAAAUUCAAAUGCCACUUGAAACGAACGAAUCAAUUCUUCCUGACGUGGGAAUAAAAGAGGAGGAGCUACAUUUGGAAGAUCCGCAGAUCGGUACAGCUAUUCCUUUAAUGUUUGAAGAGGCACUGGAACCGAUUGAAAAUCCGCCGGAGGGUGUAGUUAUGCCGCGCAAGAAGCGAGGUUGGGGACCGACGACCUAUGCCUGCAAGGAUUGCGGCUACAUUUCACAGAGCUGUUUCAACUUCAAGCGUCACCAGCAAACACAAAAACACUUUUCUUUCAGCAGACUUAUAACCAGGCGCCCGUUAAAUGUGGUUAAACAUGUGUUAAAACAAUAUAUUGAACCGUCAAUAACGAAGCCUCCGCCAAAAAUUCCUAGGCAGCGGAAAAAUGAUAAAAGUAAAGCUCCCCGAGCCGUGCGACCUCGGAAACAAUACAAAUCUACCAGAACCCUCUAUAGGUGUGAUGACUGUGGCUACCAAAACUAUAACAGCUUUAAUUUCCGACGCCAUCAGGGGACUUGGAAGCACACGAAGACUAGCACUUUCCAAGACUCUCCUCUUUCUAGCACCGUAUGGAGAAGUAUGCUGGAGUGUCGGGACUGUGGCAUUGAAUUCCUCAGCAAUAAUGAACUGAAAGCCCAUCGUAGAGAAUCAUGCCUGAGCAGGAUUAAUGAAGGUGCAUCUAGCACUACCACCACUCACACUACCUCCUUUUCGAGUGUCGAUGACGUUCUUGCCCUCUGGAAGUUGAUGGAAGGCAGCAACGCGAGAAAACGGAGGAAACGUAAAGCUGCACCUGCAGCAGAAACCGUUACACAGGAGGAACCGGUAGAGGUGAAGAUCGAGCUCCCGAAUGUUGAUGAUGAAUAUACGAGUGAGCAAACUAUGACUGAAGAUCCCUAAUUUUCACGGUCGAUUAAUCAGAACAGCACUUUGUUGAACAUUUAUGGAUACAUCAUGGGCCUGGUAGAUUUUAUACCUAAAUUAACGAAAGCAAGAGAGCCCAUCUACAUAUGAUUGGCUUUAUUCAAUGAGAGCUCAACAAAGUAGAUUGCAAUUACAUUCGAGUUCAUUUUGCCUUUCGAUAAAAAAGCACCUUGAAGGAACUUGACAGCAAACUCGAAUAAGUCGGAAUAGCAUGGUUGGGUUUGGGCUACCCCGUGCAACGCUGUUUUGGCUGAAUUGUGAUAUGUUAAAUACAAAAAGGUAAUAAAAUGGCUUACGCAGGUUGUGGGGGAUAUGAAAAAUCGAUUAAGCCAAAAAACUGCUUGAGCAUUAGUGAAAAACAUGUUUCAUAGUCGUUGGGUAUCAUUUGCAAAUAUAUUUAAAUAUUUCAUUGAAAGCUUUCGGUAUUUUCCCGGUUUGGGAGCGAGUAAAACGUGCAGGCAGGGAAAUUUUGCCUAUAUAAUUUGUUCGUGAGAAAUUCAAAUUGUUUUUUUUUUAUAGAAGGAGAAAUCUGUUUUCUGUUGUAGUUAAUUUAUUCAAUUUGUAAACACUAAAACUUAUGGAAUCUACUGGGUCGAUAAUUUAUUUGUAAAAUUGUGUAAAUUAAAUAUAUUUAAAACUA